UUUGGUGAGGGAGGGUUCUCACAUCCCUGAAGCCUGUGCACUCUCUCUCCCUGGUAGGGCAUGUGGUCUCUGAAACAGUACCCAGGCAUCCUAGGGACCUCAGUUCAGAGCCUCCUCUAUGGGUCUGACAAGAGCUCCACCUGAAGGCCCGCCCCAGUAGGUCCAGUUACCAGGAUACUGGGGAUAAAGCAUUUCCUGCCUAGAUGUCUUGGCAGCUCCCACUGCCAUGGAGACCACUAGGAGUUGAAAGAGCUGCUGGCACCCAGAAAGCAGCAGCAGAAGAAAGUGGUCUUGGACUAGCUGAGCAAGUGGGUGAGCAGGGGCCAGACCCGAGCCAAGAGCCAAGCCCACCUACUCAGCAAUUCUCACAUGCAGUUCCCAGGUGGGAGCUGAGGAGAGAAGCAGCGGGAGGAGGGGGUUCAAAGACCCACGAUCUGCCUGUCUCCUUUCCGCAAGCCAUGUUUAUCACUGUGAUGUUUGGAGGUAAGCAGGGUCCCCUGUCCCGGAAGAGGGGCCAUACUCAGAGUUGUUCCUCCCUCUCUCCCAGAGAUCCAGGAAGGAGAGGUACAGGCUGGGAGGGGGCAUGGGAAUUUGAAGAAGCUGCUCCUAUGAGAAGGUAAAGCAAUGCCAGGACAAGGGGCAGGGCCAGGGUCUGGGAGGACUUCAGUUGUGGUCCCCAGUCCUCUACACAGCAACAGAUGGAUGGAAGGGUCUCCAAUGCAGUUCGAACAGCACUUGCUUAGGGUAAUAGGCCUGAAGCACAGAACUAGCCCCAUAAUCCUAGUGUUACCUCUAGGCAUGGGAGUGAAAGUUCUCCUCGGUGGGGGAGGCCCUGACAUCCUAUCCUACCCACUCCGCUAUACUCCUCCCUCAGCUAAUUGUCACCUGCUAGUGAACUCCUGGUGCAGCCUGGUGACCUUCAUUAUGCAUCUGAAACAGAAGGCUCAGGUGCCCCCAGAAGUAACCAUUGCUCUCCUGGCUGAAGACGGGCACCUGGUGAGGCUGGAAGAGGGGAUGGUCCAGGCCCCUUCCAUGGCCUGUUCCCUGCUACAGGAGCAAGGGACCUAUGUCCUGGUACAGAUCAUUAGAGGGGAAGAUGGGGCUCCCACCCACUAUGAGUCUCUACUGGACAACCUAGAUGACCAAUACCCAGAGUUAGCAGAGGAGCUGUGCUGGCUCUCCGGCUUGCCAGGCACAAGCCACAGUCAGAGAAGACGUACAGGCAUUCGGCGUGGCCACCGGGAACAAGGUCCCCUUUCAAGGUCUCGGAGGGUGGCCUCUCUCCCAUCAAGAAACCGCUAGCGGGAGCCAUAGCCAGGUACAGAAAGAGUUAUGGAAACCAGGAAGAUCCAAAAUGGGGAGCCCUUCCUGAGAGACAUGUGCACUGAGGGGUACAGCCUUCACACAUAUACACACCCAGGACAGUACACCUCAUAGAGAUAAGGAAGUCCCACUAUACUGCUGGAGUAUAAGUAUCCUAAAGGCAGAAUUGCUCUGUGUUUAGGAAGCAGGUCCACAUUUCUCCAGCCUGGCACACACCUUUGGUGCUCAACUCAUUGCUGCUGACUGAACCCAGUCUGUGCUGGGGUCUGAAGGACCUACUUCCGUCCCAGCCAGGUCCUAUGACCUGGCGCACCACAGCCAAGUGGCCCAGCUGGA